GAAGCCUGCGCCCGCGCACACGCGCGCCGCGACGUUUACAGUGCACCGUUGACAAAUAAGUGCGUGACUAUCUUCCCUUUAUAAUUUACUGAUAAAGAGAUAGAUAGUGUGUGUGUGGUUGGAUUUCUCACUUGCUUUUCUACUAUUCUAAAGAUAUAGCUGUUCACUUCAGAUGGCGUAGAAAACCGGUCGCAGAGAUCCAACACAAAUGCUUUUUAGCACUCUAAUGGAAGGCGAAACAAUUGCAACAAACACAAUUAUAUCUUCAAUAAAGAAAUUCAACUCCGAAGGCAACGAACAUGGAACUAUUAAGUCGCUACUAAAGAAUUUUAUUUUGCCCGAAACUGACAUGGCUAUCAAACAGAAACAUAAUUUUAGUGAAAAAUGCGUAUACUCAGUACCAAUGAAGCCCCCUAUGUCUCCCUCUCAUCAUCGGAAAACAGUGAGUGAAGCAAAACAAGCGUUCUUAAACUCCACGCUACGUAAUAAUACACAUUGCAAGGAAAAUAAGCGUGAACCAACGUUACAUUACGCACAAUUAGCUAUUAGUACGGGAAGUGAUGACACAAGAAGUACAGGAGGAGGAAAAUAUGCAAAAGAAUUUACAAAUACUCAGAAAUAUAAGGAAAGAUCUCUACCGAUAGAUAUUCCUUCGCCCACCAAGAAAAAGGUUGAAAAUCAGCAGCAACGAAAGGUCAGCUUCAAAAUAAAGAAUGCCUCUGCGUCUUAUCGUCGACCACCGUUAGUAACAACAAUGACGAUAACGAGCAGUAAAGUAUCAGAAUUGACAAAGAAAUUCAAUGACUUAGAAAAUAAAAGUUCACUAGGCUCAGUGAGACAGUCCAAAUUAGUAAAAACAAUUGAAGAUUUACAGUCUGCAUGUUCGGCGAGUAGUAGCUCUACACCUUCAUCCACGCUUAGUUCCAGUCCAAAUAUUAAAAUUGUUGUUCGACGUAGAAGAGGUUCCAAAAAGCGACCAAACAGUAGAAAAAGGUGCUCUAGUAUGGAUUCUAUCGAUAAAUUGCUUUUAUCAGAUAAUUCUAAUAGCAAAAUUCGUAUAAUUCGAUCUAAAUCUGAUGGUAAUAAAAUACCAAAAUCACCAAAAAAGCAAGCUGAAUCAACUGGACAAAGUGGAUCAGAUUCUGUUGACGGAACUCCAACUAAACUUAAAAAUGAGGAGCCAAGAUCACAAAAAGAGAGUAAUGUUGUCAAAAAUGUCAUACAAAAAUUUGAAUGUGAAAUUAACGCUCAACUCAAUCAAAGUAAUAUUAUAAAAAGAAACCCUAAUUUAAAAGCCAAUAGUAGUACAAUAACUAACAAAGAAAAACCAAAAGUACCUGAAAAGAAAUCGUCACUAGUAUUAACAAAAAAUAUCGUACUAAAAGACGGAAUCCCCAAAAUAAAGACAAUUAAACCAGUUCUAGUCGAUGAAUCAACGAAACAAGCUCCUCGUCUUUCACCUUCACCUGAACAAUCAAAGAAGAAGGAGCCUAUUUAUGAUAGGAAAAAGUUUAAGACAAAUUACAUACAUUCCGAAAAGUUACCAUUGCAUGUUGUUGAAAUAAUCCACGAAGAAGUAAACGAUGUAACAUCAACACCGUUACCUGUAAAAGAAGAAAAGGUUCUUAAUGAAACACAGAGUUCAAUAGAAGAAAAAUCCAUUUACCAGGACAUAGAGAGUCAAAUAACGCCCAAUGAAUCAUUUUUAUGGAGGAGAAAAAGUAGUCAAAUUUAUUCUGAUUCCGAUAAAUCAAUAUCUGAAAGCCCUUACGGUUUCGUAAGUGUCAUAUUGAAUGAUUCCACGGUUUCUUAUACUGAUGAAAAAAAUAAUUCUGCUAGUACUGAUGAUUCUAAAUCGAACGAAGUGUCUGAAUCUCAAUCAACUUUAAGAGGAAGCAAUCUCGAAUCUAGCUCAGAUUUUGAAUCAAAUUUAAUAGAAGCACUUAACAAAGAAGUAAUAGUGGGUUUUACUCCUAAACCACCAAAAGAAGCGGAGGUAGAAGAUGAUUAUGAACCUUUAGAACCGCGAGAUGAUCAUAUCGUUGUUGUAGCAGUAAAGAGCGAUAGAACUUCAAAAAUAAACUGUCCCUUACCUGAGAUUCCUAAAGAAGUGCCAGUUACUCCAACCAAGACGACGCCUGAAGAAAACAUAUAUCAAUGUCUUUUAGAGAUGCGGUCACACCCUGAAGGGGAUGAAAGCAGUCUUCAUAAUUAUGAAACUUGUGAAAGCCAACUCGAAGAAAGAACAAGAGGUGAUGGGGAUAGUGACGAUGGGUAUGAGUAUUGUAAAUCCCCCGUAAAGCCCUACUGCCUUACAUCGAGUUCUGGUAUCCAAAUUGCUGAGAACUAUAACCCAUACUCAGCAAAUAACAAAAAUUACACUAUAACGAAAUCUGUCAGCGGCGCUUCAACGGUGAGCUAUGAGAAAAUUGGUUCAGAUAGAAUCUAUGAAAAGAUUCCGCCACGUCCGAUCAAAUCAAAAGAGAAUAGCCCAACUAGCAAGCGAGACUCAAUAAUCUCCGACUGCUACAAUGAAAACAUUUAUGACACAAUCAAGCAUGCAGAUGGAGUGUCGCUAUCGCAUUGCUACGAGAGUAUACCCAACAGUCCAAGUAUGGCAAAACUAAACAACAAUGCCAAGAAGCAGAUAUCAGCGGUGCAAAAGCGUCUAUCGUUUGACACAGUAUCAAAUAUCAGCCAAUCAACGAUAUCCAGUGAACAAAAGACGAACAGCAUUUAUGGGCAAAGGUCGGUUCUCAGUUAUAAUGGACAAGAGAUAGUAUUCCAAGUGCCGAGCAGUGAGGCAAGUGCAAGUGAUAGAAGUGAUAGGAGCGACGACUGGGUCGACAUUUCUGAUGAGGAAAAGACUGAAGAAAAGAAAAUUAUCAUUGUUCAAGAGAGGAGACGGGGGCCUAAAACGCACGCCGGCUGGUCACAUAAAGUUCGACAUCAGUGGCAGAAUUCCCCAAAACAGAGCGAAGAUAAAGACUGCGACACGAGCGACUCCGGGCACCUCUACGAGUCGCUCGAACCGGCGACACCGCCAAGACCAGCUAGGCCUUCGCCCCCAGCGCCCCCCGCACACCCUGGAAACACACCAACCCCCCUGAUUGACGAUGAUUUCGACUCGUUUGACAGUGAUACUGAUGAUGAUGGGAGUGUGCAACCCCAGUCGCCGCCAGCAUUACCGGCUUCAAGGCUUCCCACACCGCCUGCAGGAGGGCAAUACACAUUAACAAAAAUUGCAAGCGCGGCUCAAAAGAAAAUGAGACAGAUCAAAAGAAACCUUACUAAACGAUAUUCAGUAGCAAUGGACGCGAAGACGUUCACAAAAUCGAACCAGAACUCCACAUACGACGUGCCCAAGAACCAGGCCAAGACAAAAUCGCCCGUAUACGAGAACUACCAAAAGCCGGAAAUCCAACACCUCUACAGUAACAUCAAUUUCGAUAAACAUAAGACUGAAAAUCCUCUAGCAAAGAUUACUGGGACGUUCAAGGAGGAGCUAAAAACUGUUAUGGAUAAAAAGGAUAGAUCUGAAAAGCGUUUAAGUUCAGAAGUACCGCCUCCAUUACCUGAGAAAUUGCAGGAAAAGCCAACAACACCUACUGAAGUGAAGAAAGAUAGUGGGACUUUGUCUAGAAAAGCGUAUUUUUCGUUCAAAUCUCGGUUUAGACGAGCCACGUCUAUGGCUGUGGACAUCAAUGACGUUCCAAGUGCGUUGAAAAUUACGAACUCGACGUUUUACUUGACUGACUCUAUGGAUGGUGACUCGGGAUUCAGUAAUUGCAGCGACAGUGCGAACACCGACGCCCCAGCACACACCCGAGGUACGCGGCUUCGCCCCGGCUGGGCGGAGUCGUCCCCGUGCCUCGCGCUCGAGCGGCCGACCCUCCCGCCGCCGCCGCCCCCGCAGCACACUGACCUUAGCGCUGUCAACGAAGAACUGAAACGGCUCUUGCCGACGCUAUCACGAAAGGAGAAGACGCCGCGAACACGAACCUCGUGGUACGCAGAAUGUGGCGCUGAUACUGCGCCAGCGCAGACUUCCAACUCUUCGUGGUAUGCGGAAGCGGGUCUGUACCCAGCGGGAAACAUAUCCUCCUCCUCCGGGGCGUCCUCCGGCUCCCACCCGGCGUCUCCGCUGCCACACUCGCUGUUCACCCACGAACCAUUGUACCAGUUUUAUAACGCUGCUAAAGUUGAGUCCGCGUGCCGCGAGGGCGACUCGGACUCGGACGCGUACGAGGCGGGCGGCUCCACGUGCAGUGCGUCGCGGCCCUCCGCCAUGGCACUAGUGGCGCCGCGCGGGCCCGCGCGCACGCUGUGGUGCGAGGUGCCCGAGGUGCUCAACUCCGCUGUGUUGAGUUCACUCGCCCCCGCCCAGAAGAAGCUCCAAGAAGCGAAGUUUGAGUUGCUCACAUCCGAGGCAUCGUACCUUAAUUCCCUCAACGUACUAGAAGCACAUUUCAUUUCGCACCCCGCAUUCAGAGAACCGGGCGUGCUGUCCAAGGAGGACUGGGAAACUUUGUUCGGAACUAUAAUACCUGUGCGCAAAUGUUCCCAAAUGCUGCUUGCCGACAUGGAGCGGUGUUGGCAGGACAACAUCCUUCUAGCCGGCAUAUGUGACAUCGUGCGUGCGCAUGCUGAGCAGCGUUUCCACGCAUAUGUGAAGUACUGCGAGCAGCAGGCGCUCAUGGUGCGAGCGCUGCAGCGGCUGCGCGAGCGGCCCGCCUUCGCCGCGGCGCUGCGCAGGCUGGAGAGUCACGCGGCGUGUCAGAGCCUGUCGCUGCACUCGUUCCUGAUGCUGCCGAUGCAGCGCGUGACGCGGCUGCCGCUGCUGCUGGACGCCGUGCUGCGGAACUUGGCGCCGCAAGACAAGGAGUACGAGGGCUGCAUGCACGCGCUCGCUACGCUUAACGAUUUCGUAUCCCAAUGCAACGAAGGCGCACGCAGCACAGAACGACUGGAAGAGAUGUGGCGACUCAGUUCCGUCAUACACUUCCCGCCCUCACUGCGAGCGGCACCCGACCUGUCGCCCGCUUGUUCCAGGCGUGAUCGCAAGCCAGUCCGUUGGCUAGUUCGUUCCGGCGAAAUGACGCACCUCGUGUGGAAGACGGACGAACUGAAGCUCACGUUUGGCAAGAAGUUCCAGAAAGUUCCACUACAUCUCUUCCUGUUUAACGAUCACCUUGUUAUCACCAAGAAAAAGAGUGAGGACUACUACGUAGCAGUGGAUCACUGCCCGCGCUCGCUGGUGGACGUGUGCUCGAGCGACGCGGCCGCCAGCGCCAAGCACGCGCUGCUGCUCACGCUGCUCGAGAACCACGAGGGACGGACUGUUGAGAUGCUGAUGUCCUGCUCAAGCGAGACCGACGCGCAACGUUGGGGCGAAGCCCUAUCGCCCGCGGGCGGAGGCGCUGGGGGCGAUGCAGUAUACGCCGGCUGGGACUGUCCCCAAGUAACAGCACUGUACGCGUAUAAAGCAGCACAACCUGAUGAACUGGCGCUCGCUGAAGGGGAUAUCGUGAAUGUUACGAGGAAAACUAGCGAAGGCUGGUACUACGGCGAGCGCACCCGGGACGGCGAGGCGGGCUGGUUCCCGGGCUCCUACACCGCCGAGAUCGCGUCCGCGCACGUGCGCGCGCGCAACCUGCGCCAGCGGUACCGCCUGUUGGCGCUGUCCGGCACUUAUCUGGGGCAGAAGAAGCGGACCACUUGAUAUACUGACUCUACUUGUUAGAAGAAGCGGACCACUUAAUAUACUGACUAGCAAGUCAGUCGUUUGAUCAUUUGAUAAAUUGUGUUACUCUUUAGUCACCGGUUAUGGACGUUUACUGGGGAAGAAACGGACCUUUUGAUUAACUGACUAGUUAUUGGUCGUAGAUGUUUAUCUGGGCCAGAAGAAGCAGCCACUUGAUAUACUGACUCUACUUGUUAGAAGAAGCGGACCACUUGAUAUACUGCUCGAUAGUCACUGGUUAUGAGACUAUAUUUCUAUUAGGUAUAUGCCCAUUUGACUAUGUGACCAUGUGCCUUAUUGGCCAUGUGCCAUGUGUUGUAAUUAUUUCAUCAUAUCAAUCAUUUGACUUGCUGGUUAUGUACCUUGCGACUAAUGAGGCAUUUGACCAUAUUUACUUUAUUAAAUUCUAGACUUUUCAAGUAACUUGACUUACAAGUCGUUUGGCCGUUUAGCAAUGUGUCUAUAAAAGCGUUUGACACUAUGUCCUGCGUUUAUGAAUUGUUGCACUUUUUUGACUUGUUGGUCAUUUGACCAUGUGACUCUAAUAUGAAACAUGGCCGUGACUAUAACCAAUUGACUGUUGUCAAAAUUGUAUUAAUGUAUUUGAUCGUUAUUGUACUGUGAAAUAAAUUAUUUGGAUAUUUUAUACGGAAUUCAAUCAUUUAAAAUGUAUUAACGUAUUUUUCAUUUGUAUAUACUUACGAUAAAAAUUUUAUUCCAUGGACUGUUCGUGUCGAAAUCUAGGGAUAGUUUACACAAAUAUAAUUAGUGUUGACUGACUCACGUUAUUUGCACUGUUUUAAUAAUAUUUGUAAGCCGUCCAAACACUGCCUGUAUUGAGCACUAAAUGUUAGCGAUAAGUGUGGUGAUGCGCCUUCUGAAUUAGUGGUGCUUACUUACGAAAUUAUAUUAGCGAUUACUGCUCUAUGAGAGUAUAUAAGUGUGUACAGUUACGUAUGAGAUUUGAAACAAAUUAUUGUACAUAAAGAUUGUGUAGGAUAAGCUUAAAUUUCGUCCAACCAUAGACAUCUCUAUAAAAUGUCUAUGGCUGAUCUAUGUAUUUUUUUAUUUUCGUGAUCUAUGCCUACUUGGCCGCUAUUAAAAACUACUAGUCAAUAGGCGGACGAGUAUAUCGUUAAAAUUGAAUCUUUUUCAAAAAUUGUACAGUUAUUUCAAAUAACAUUCCUCGUGAAUUGUUAGUUAGACGUAUUUUUCUGCUUUAUGUAUGUAUGUAUGUAUAAUAAUUUAAUAAGACGUCACUUAAGUGUAAACGACCAUAAUAUUAGUUUGUACUUAAAUUUAAUUUAUUUCAUAGAAAACAUUUAUACCAUAUUAUUUUAAACUUAUUGUUAAUGUAAUUUACCAUCAAAUAUAAUUUCUCAUAAUAAA